AAAUAUUAAUUAAAACCUUCACCAGUGGUAAUUACUGCUGAUGAUUAUCCAUUCUCAGGAUAUCAAUAGAUAAUUUACCUUUAUUCAGAAGGAUAUUCAAUCGCAAGUAGCUUAAUACUUUACAUGCAGAAACUUUAUGUUAAGUUUACUAACACACUGUAUAGUUUCGUGUUCCCGCUAUAUCUGUCAAUUUGAAAAGUUCGGUUAAAGUUUGUCGGGUGCCAGUCGAAAAACAGGCGAUCUUUAGGAAGAAGCAGAGAUAUUCUGUAUUUUAUAAUAAUACGAGUUUGUAGAAUUUUAAACCAGUGAAACUUACAGAUAUCCGGAUGGAUGAAAGCUUUAAUCGGUGGCGCGAUUCGCCUUCUAAAAGGGAAAUGUCCUUAGUUAUUUCUGACAGCGAGGAAGAUGUUGAAAGUGUGGGUAAAGAACAAAUAUUUGUUAUCGAGAGCAGUGAGAGCAGCAUGAAUGUUUCUGGAAGAGCAACCCCGGAUGUAGACAUUGUACCAAAGAGAUCUACUUUAUCGGAACGUCUUAUUAAACAAACUAUUAGAAAGCAUAUGCCUUAUUAUUCCGACAAUGAUAAUGAGGAUGAUGGUGAUGAUGAUGAUGAUAGCCAUAGAGAUGAUGAUGAUGAUUAUGAAGAUGAUAGCCAUGGAGAUGAUGAUGAUUCUAAUGAUAACAGUGACAGAAUUGAGGAGACUGAAAGAGAUAAUGCAAUGGUUAUCAAGCAAGACAGGUUUCAAAACACCAGAAAGAAAAACUUGAAUGACUCUGAAUCCAGUGCUUCUAGUGCAUACGAGAUUGGGUCUAAGGAUAGUUCCAUAAUAGAACAAGUCAAUGAUGUUAGCAUGCAUUCAUCAGACAUAGAGCCAAGAGAUCAACAUAACUCUUUAAACAAUGUUACCAUGGAUGAAAAGAAUAGUUCAGAAUCAGAAGUUGCAAUAUCAUUUGCAAAACAGGAGAUUGGAGUUGGUAAUAUAGAUCCACUUGUCGCACAAAAAAGAGCUUUACUAGUUUUUAAGAUGGAGAAGUUAGAGAAGCAGCUGGCACAGGCAAAAUUAUUAUUACAAGCCGGUAACAUUGACUUGUUACCAGACAAAGGCGAAAGAAUACGCGUGAGUAUCGCGAAGCAAGAAAAAGAGAUUGAAGAAGUUGCAAUUGAACUGGCAAACACUCCUCUGACGCAAAAGUUUGAAGCAAACCAAAAUCCUGUCAAGCAAGAACUGAUGGUCGUUAAAGAAGAGUUCAAAUUUCCAGAUGACUGGUAUUCCAAUAAGGCUGAUUCCUCCUACAAUGUAGACAUUAUACCAAUGCAACCUACAUCGUCUCCAGAUAAGAAGGAACUCGGUAAAAAGGCUCAAGCGACUCUGGACAGAGAGUUAGCGUUGACGGUCGACAGAUUACAAGACUUACACGGAUCUUUGAUCGCGAGGCCAUCGGAGGAGGAAAGGGCGGAAGAUCCGCGAGGGUUGAAGGUCAAGUUAAUGCCGCACCAGCAACACGCGUUGGCAUGGUUGUUGUGGAGAGAGCAACAGAAACCUCCAGGCGGUGUGCUCGCCGAUGACAUGGGUCUGGGUAAAACAUUGACGAUGAUAUCACUGAUCAUAGCGAGCAUUGAACAGAAGAAAUUGAAGGACUCAGACGAUGCCAGUGACGACGAGUGGACGGACAGCACGACGCCGUUGCGGCACAAAGGUGGCACGUUGGUGGUUUGCCCAGCGUCUCUGUUGUCACAGUGGGACAAGGAAAUCAGUAGUCGGUGCAAGCGUGGUAUGCUUUCGGUCGAGGUGUACCACGGUACCAAUCGGGAAAGUGUUCCAAAGAGACUGGCGAAGAACGACGUGGUUAUCACAACGUACAACAUAUUGACUCGUGAAGUGAAAUCAAGAACUACGGUGUACAAGAUCCGAUGGGAGCGCGUGAUAUUGGACGAAGCACACAUCAUACGCAAUCACAAAAGCCAAGCGUCAGAAGCAGUGUGCUGUCUAGCAGCGAACAAACGUUGGGCUCUAACCGGCACCCCCAUUCAGAACAAGGAGAUGGAUUUAUACUCUAUACUAAAGUUCCUGAAGUGUUCACCCUUCGAUGACCUACGUGUGUGGAAGCGGUGGGUGGACAACAAAAACGCAGCCGGUCGCCAGAGGCUGGCAACCGUGAUGAAGACUCUGAUGUUACGCAGAACAAAGCAGGAGCUGCAAGCCAAAGGUGCCCUGGGAAGCUUGCCCGACAAGUGCGUAGAAGAAGUGAUGGUGAAGCUCGACCCGCAGGAGCAGUUGGUCUACGAAAAGGUUCUGAUAUACUCUCGCACGUUGUUCGCUCAGUUUCUGUCACAAAGAGCCGAGAAAGAUCACAUGUACGACUUGGCUUCUGGAAAGUAUGACAAACCAACGUUCCUUUCUAAUCCAAAUAAGGACACACAGUUCACAAAAGCGCAGAACAGAUUACUGUCGAUGCACGCCGACGUCAAGACCCACGAAAUUUUGGUUCUGUUGCUGAGACUGCGGCAAAUCUGCGUUCACCCGUCGCUGAUCCAUGCGAUGCUGGACCAGGAGGACAUGAAGGAGUCCGGGAUCACCGAGACGGAGAAUAUGGACCCCAAAUUGAUCAUGCAGAUGAACGGUAUAUCGCUGACGGAUCGCGAAGAGGACGAGGAGAAUGAACAAGAAAUAGGGAUCGACCGCAGGGUGGUCGCCAAUUUGCUCACGUCCACGAACCCAGUCUUCCAGACUGACCGCGCGAGUUCCAAGAUGAAAGCAGUGCUCGGCACAGUGAAGGAUAUUUUACAAAAAGGCGACAAACUGAUAAUCGUCUCGCAGUGGACAAGUAUGUUGAACAUCGUUGCAUCCUAUUUGCCUUCGCUAAAGGGCGCCAGCUUCAACAUGUUCACUGGCAACGUGCCGAUCAAGGAGAGACAGGGUAUAAUGGACGCCUUCAACGAGCCGGAGUCCGACCCAAGGAUACUGCUACUGUCGCUCACCGCGGGAGGCGUCGGAUUGAACCUCGUCGGUGGCAAUCAUCUGCUGUUGAUCGACAUCCACUGGAAUCCGCAGUUGGAGGUGCAGGCGCAGGACAGGAUUUACCGCUUCGGCCAAACGAAGAAUGUCUAUAUAUACAAGUUCAUCUGCAAGGACACGAUCGAGGAGCGCAUCAAACGCCUGCAGGAGAAGAAGAUGGAGAUAGCGCAGAACGUCCUGAGCGGCGACAAGAACUCGGUGGUCUCGAAGCUGAGCCUCAACGAUCUCAAAUCUCUGUUCGCUCUCUAAAGUCUAAAGCGAAUCAUAUACAUAUAUACAUAGUAAUAUAAAAAUAUAACGGUAAGGUACACUAGUUUCCAAUGCACUCCGCCUAUCGAUGCAACGUGAUGUACAAACAGUCCUCGGGAAUUUUUAUUAAUGAAAAUAUAAAAUGCGAGAAGGGUGUAUCACGUUAAUUUGGAG